AAAGGACUCAACAAGUCAAAGUAAAGGUCUUCCGUGAGAAAAGUUAAAACGGCUCAGGUGGCAUGUUCCUUCCUUACUCGAUAGUACUGGAACACUUAGAGAGUAUGGAUACUAUGGAAGCCAGCGUAUAACGAGUUGUCCCUUCAUAUUUGAAAGAGUAUCAGACAGCUCAAGAUGAUAAGUGAGCAACGUACCGCAUGGAUAAUAACCUGUGUGGGAAUCGGGCGCGUACUGUCGUGCAAAACCCAUCCGAGUCAAUCAACCAUCAUGCGGUUCCGAGCAAUACUUUUUCUCUCCUCAGAUCAGCAGACUGGGCGCUUGUCUGCUGAUAAAGGCCUCUCGCAACCUCUCUUUUAGAAAAAGCGCUCUUGGAUUUAGCCGCCCCUUCUGAUAUGAUUUUGCCUGUUGCUGUUCUUCUGGGUCUUGCGCUCCGCGGUGCUGCUUGCGCGGGCGAUCACUUGCAUGCUCGUGACGCCCAUGUUCAUGAACAUUUGAACAAGCGUGAAUACCCACAGGUUCCAAUCACACCUCCCUACCGUCCUCUCAUCUGGGGAGAUUUCAAUGUGAUCCACACCACCGACACCCAUGGCUGGUUACUCGGCCACCAGAAGCUGUCAUUCCCUGAACCAGACUAUAGUGGGGAUCUUGGAGAUUUUGCUAGUUUCGUAACGCAUAUGAAGAACAUCGCCAUCGAAAAGGACGUCGACCUCCUUCUGGUAGACUCGGGGGAUCUACAUGACGGAACUGGGCUUUCUGAUGGUUACCCCCCCGGUGGUGUCGACGCGCACGAGUCAAACAAGUUUCUUGAACGCCUUCCAUACGAUAUCAUGACUAUCGGAAAUCAUGAACUGUACAUCUAUGCGAAUACAUACGACAUGUACACGAACUUUGUCCCUCAUCUUGGUGGGCGGUACUUGUCUUCCAAUGUCAACAUCACUGUUUUCAAUUCGGAUGGCGAGCCUGAGAGUAUUCCAGUCGGCAACCGCUACACCAAGUUUACCACAAGGAAAGGCCGUCGCAUCACUUCUCUUGGAGUCCUGUAUGAUUUUACUGGAAAUGACGUGAACACGACCGUACAAACUGUGGCUGAUAUGGUCAAUGAGCAAUGGUUCGCCGAGGCCAUCGCGGAAGAACCUGACGUGUUUGUACUUAUUGGCCACAUGCCAGUUUCCUUUGAUAACUGGCCUACUGUGUUUGACGCUGUUCGAGCUGUGCACCCUUUGACACCCAUCUUAAUCUUUGGAGGACAUAGCCACAUCCGUGACUGUCAACAGUAUGAUGGUCGUGCUAUGGCUCUCGAAAGUGGACGCUACAUGGAGACGAUCGGCUGGAUGAGUGCGGACCUUGAAGCUGCCACGGGCAACGCCAACAACAUUUCUUUCACAAGAAGAUACCUGGACCAGAACCGUGUGACUUAUGAGUACCACACCCAAAUGUCAAACCAAACGUUUGACACUGCCUACGGGCGCUCAAUUACUGAUGGCCUGCAGGAGCUCGCGGUCAGCUUUGAUUUAUCCUAUCUGUAUGGAACAUCCCCACAAGAUUAUACCAUCAACCAGAACCCAUAUCCUUCCAAUGGAUCCCUUCUAUCUCUUUUUAUUGCAGAUGCUAUCCCAUACGCUCUCUCUAUUAACAACACGCGUGAUUCCAUCCCAGCCAUAUUUAUCACCAACUCAGGAUCUCAACGCUUCAACGUCUUCCAGGGACCAUUCACCAAGAACGAUCAGCUCACUGCCUCACCAUUCACGGAUUCAUUCUUGUAUAUCUCCAAUGUCUCAUUUAGCAUCGCAAACCAGGUCCUUCCAGCUUUGAACAAUGCGGGUGCAGAUGAGAAACGGAAGCGAGAUGAGAUUGAAAAGGAGCUUUGGAGCCGUGGGGUUGUUGACACUCGGUACAAAGCCUGGUUAGAGGAGAUGGAUCGACGUGCUGGAAUUGGUAGACGAGAAGCAAUGGCGGGCAAUUUGACGCUUGGAUAUGUUACUGCUGAUUCAUGCCCUGGUGCUGGGGACGACACGCUGCACUUGGCGUUACCCUACUAUUCGGUUCCAGACUUUAUUGGCUCGAAUCCUCCUAACGUGGCUGACGACACGCCUAUUGAUCUUGUCUUUGUUGACUUCAUUGAAGCACAACUCCUUGGCAUUCUUAACGGCUUGCAAAAUGCGCAGAACUACACCACCGCUGAUGUUUCGCUGUACAGCCCGACUCUGGCUAACGCAGCGCUGGGCCUGUAUGCUCAAGGUGUGUGGAACUAACUGAACGGCCAGUAGUAUGCCUAUGCUGUGAUCGUAUUUACCUCUUCUCCACAAUCACCUGGCAUCUUCUUGUUAUCUACAAGAGUAUAUUCUGAGUCAAUGACACUUGGGUUGUAUACCCUGAACGUUGAAUGCGCCAGGA